UGCAAUUCACUCGCGUUCCACGAGCUUAUCGACCUACGGACGUUGUGAGCGUAUUGCUCGAAUGCCUGCCACAGCAUCGUCGAAGAUAUUGCCAACGUACAAGAUGCGCACUGAGCAGAGGAGUGACUUUCCACUGUCGGAAGUCGGACGCCGGCAAUUUCUGCGCUAUGGAGUUGCGUUCGUACUGGUUCUUGGAUCACUAGUGCUGGGAGCUGUCUUGGUCGUACAGAAGAGCUACCUCGUAGAUACGACUGUAAGCAACCAGACUGUGCACAUCAGCCGCAUAUCAGAGAGCUCCACUGGAGCGCCGAUGGCAGCAGAUCUAGACGCCUUAAAUCUCAGCAUGGUGGAGUUGGGAGAACAGCUGUUUCAAGGAUCUACUGAGCUCCCACGGCUCAAAGGAGGACAACUUCAUGACUUAGCAUGGAUGGCUCGUCAACAGCCAGUUUCCUCAUCCAGUGAGAGCACCAGCGUUUCCUCAUCCAGUGAAAGCACCAGCGUUUCCUCGACCAGUGAAAGCACCAGCGUUUCCUCGACCAGUGAAAGCACCAGCGUUUCCUCGACCAGUGAAAGCACGAGCGUCUCCUCGACCAGUGAAAGCACGAGCGUCUCCUCGACCAGUGAAAGCACGAGCGUCUCCUCGACCAGUGAAAGCACGAGCGUCUCCUCGACCAGUGAAAGCACGAGCGUCUCCUCGACCAGUGAAAGCACGAGCGUCUCCUCGACCAGUGAAAGCACGAGCGUCUCCUCGACCAGUGAAAGCACGAGCGUCUCCUCGACCAGUGAAAGCACGAGCGUCUCCUCGACCAGUGAAAGCACGAGCGUCUCCUCGACCAGUGAAAGCACGAGCGUCUCCUCGACCAGUGAAAGCACGAGCGUCUCCUCGACCAGUGGGAGCACGAGCGUCGCCUCUACCAGUGGGAGCACGAGCGUCGCCUCUACCAGUGGGAGCACGAGCGUCGCCUCUACCAGUGGGAGCACGAGCGUCGCCUCUACCAGUGGGAGCACGAGCGUCGCCUCUACCAGUGGGAGCACGAGCGUCGCCUCUACCAGUGGGAGCACGAGCGUCGCCUCUACAAGUGGGAGCACGAGCAUCGCCUCUACAAGUGGGAGCACGAGCAUCGCCUCUACAAGUGGGAGCACGAGCAUCGCCUCAACGAGCGUCGCCUCAACGAGUGGGAGCACAAGCAUCUCCUCAACGAGUGCGAGUACGAGCGUCUUGUCAUCGACUAGAAGCACGAGCCUCGCCUCAACGAGUGGGAGCAGCAGCGUUUCCGGAACGUCUGCGAAGAGCACAGUUUCCGGGACGACUGGGAAGAGCACACCUUCCGGCUCAACGGGAAUGAGCACACCUUCCGGGACUACCGGCAAGAGCACACCUUCCGGCUCGACGGGGAAGAGCACACCUUCCGGCUCGACGGGUAUAAGCACACCUUCCGGCUCGACGGGUAUGAGCACACCUUCCGGCCUGACGGGUAUGAGCACACCUUCCGGCUCGACCGGAAUGAGCACAGUUUCCCGGACGACCGGAAUGAGCACAGUUUCCCGCACGACCGGGAUGAGCACUGCUUCCGGACAUACCGGGAUGAGCACUGCUUCCGGACAUACCGGGAUGAGCACUGCUUCCGGAAAUACCGGUAUGAGCACUGCUUCCGGAAAUACCGGUAUGAGCACUGCUUCCGGAAAGACCGGCAUGAGCACUGCUUCCGGAAAGACCGGUAUGAGCACUGCUUCCGGAAAGACCGGUAUGAGCACUGCUUCAGGAAAGACCGGUAUGAGCACUGCUUCAGGAAAUACCGGUAUGAGCACUGCUUCCGGAAAGACCGGUAUGAGCACUGCUUCAGGAAAGACCGGCAUGAGCACUGCUUCAGGAAAGACCGGUAUGAGCACUGCUUCAGGAAAGACCGGUAUGAGCACUGCUUCAGGAAAGACCGGUAUGAGCACUGCUUCAGGAAAGACCGGUAUGAGCACUGCUUCCGGAAAGACCGGUAUGAGCACCGCUUCCGGAAAGACCGGUAUGAGCACUGCUUCCGGAAAGAUCGGUAUGAGCACUGCUUCCGGAAAGACCGGUAUGAGCACUGCUUCCGGAAAGACCGGCAUGAGCACUGCUUCCGGAAAGACCGGUAUGAGCACUCCUUCCUGGACGACUGGGAUGAGCACAGCUUCCGGAACAAGUGAAAGGAGCAGCGCUUCCCCAGCUAGUCAAAGCACCGGUGCCAGUACUUUUUCUCCCGGAAGUAGCGCAAGCGCUUCCACAGGAGUGUUCACUAUCCCUUCCUCCACAGGAGGUACCGCUGGUCCCUCAGCACCGGGCAGCACCGCAAGUCGUUCAUCUCAGGGCGGUACCGCUAGUCUUUCAUCUCGAGGCGGUACCGCUAGUCUUUCAUCUCGAGGCGGUACCGCUAGUCCUUCAUCUCGAGGCGGUACCGCUAGUCCUUCAUCUCGAGGCGGUACCGCUAGUCCUUCAUCUCGAGGUGGUACCGCUAGUCCUUCAUCUCGAGGCGGUACCGCUAGUCCUUCAUCUCCAGGCGGUACCACUCCCGGCAGUUCAGCUAGCCCUUCGCCUCAUGGUGGUACUGCUGGUCCUUCAGUUUUGACACAGGAGAGUACUAGUAGCUCUCCGAGCACGCCUGCUAUUGCAAAUGGCUCGAGCAAAACCGCUAGUCCAGCUUCUGACGAAUAUGAAAAUGUAACUGCAAACCCAACAAGCGAUACCAGUUAUACGAUUUCGUCAACAGAAGAGUACGAAAACAUAUCUGAAAUUCCUACAACAAACCAUACUGGUUAUACAAUACUUCAAAGCUCAAGUACUGCAACUGGAAGUAGUGCCAUUGGCCCUACUACAAAUGCUAGUGCAGCAUGGCCUACUACUACGUGGAGUUCGGAAUGGACCAGCGCCACAGCUUCAGCUUUUUCAAGCACAACGUCCGGUCCUCCGGCUUCCGCCAGUACCAGCAUGGCAAGCGGGGUCACAGGAAUGACAUCGAUGUCUACAGGCAUCACGCCAGGGGCCUCCAAGCCGUUUCCGACUGAUUUCGAGUUGUGCAACACGUCCUUCUGCCUUGGUGAAGGGUCGAAACUAGCAGACACCUUUAAUUCGUCUGACGAUCCCUGCAAUAAUUUUUACGGCUAUGUAUGCGACAAAAUGUGGGGCAACACAAGUAAUUUACUGGAUUCUGACACGAUGCUCUCGAUGGAGAUCGAAAGCAAAAUAAAAGCUGUCCUGGAAGGUUCCCUUACAAUAGGUGGUACUUUAUCGCCUCUAGUAAACCUGUGGAGCUCGUGCAAGUCAUCGACAAGUACCCCACCACCAUCGAACAUGUCAGCCAUAUUUUCGUCCUUGGGAUUCGACUGUUCUAGAACACAAGUGACGUCAGACAUCGUCCUGGAUACAGUCGCGGAGGUAAUGGGCAAACUUGGCGUAGCACCCCUGAUCGUGUUUGAAAUGCAUCCAGAUCCCACUAACUAUGCGCUGCGCACAGUCUCCUUGGACGAGCCAAAUAUCCUGUUAAGUCGGAAGAUGAUCAAAAAAGACAAAAUUGCAGCUAAAGCAGAGUUCACGAAAAAGGUCUGCUUGUAUGUGCGGCUUACGAAAGGAAAGCCUGACUCAACUCUUUGCGGACAGAUAGCCGAUGUUGGCCUCAUGGUAGCGGAGGGAAGCACACUGCAUGUCCACCCAGCACGAAGAGCACAAGACUAUGAAUACGUUAUGUACUAUCAAAUAGCGCUUCUGAAACAGCUUAUCAGCAGUGUCGUGACCUAUCCCAUUCUCACCUCCACGUCGAAAGUGUUUCUAAAGUCGCCUUACUACAUUAACACCACGUUGAUUCACUUGUUGACGUCCAGCCCGAUUCCUCUGUAUCAUUACGUGGGCUUUCAUAUGAUGGUGUUCAUGGCACCCUUCCUUGGAGUUCGAGAACUGUUUGAUGUCACUCUGUUCACCUUGACAGGAAGACAUUGGAGCUCGCCUCCUAAAUGGAGGGUUUGCCUCCACUUGACCAACGAACUUCUGCCCGGUAUUAUGACCGCGGCUUUCCAAAAGCCAUUGCAGGAUGCUCAACAGUUCAAAAAGCUUUGGGCUGACGUGAUGGCCGAACAGGUGCGGAGCGCCUUUAUAGACAAAAUUCCCAGCGCAUCGUUCCUUGAUGAGUGGACCCAAUCCAUCGUCACUGCUAAGCUGAAAACCACUCGUAUCUAUACUUACUUCCCUAUGCACAUGGCAACUGGCAGCAAUGUUCAAGGAUACGUCAACACGUUAAACAACGCAGUGCCGUUCCGUAAUGAUGCGUUAGAUUAUUUCCUGCGAAUCACCAAGUACGUCGCAAACGCCUGGAAACGAAAGGCGGCACUCUAUCACAACGGAAGGUGGAGAGGUUCCAUAUUCGAUACAGAUUGUGAAUAUAUUGUAUUGGACCAGGCUAUCUAUAUACCGGUGGGAUUAUUCGAUAUUUCCAUACCCACUUCAAUGAAAGAAAAUAUGUUCCACAUACCAAGAAUAGCACCGCGGAUUGCAGCAUGUAUUUUUGAAGCAACAUUUGAAGGUGAGUAAUCGCCAGUCCCUGUAAGUAGCGUGCAUACAUGCGAUUUCUCUUAGUAACUCUUAUCUGUUAGUGUACUGUUUUCUGAGGAGCUAUCGAUAAACAAAACACGUUGCUCCACGACCAACACUGAUGGCUCAACAAAAAAUGAACUUGCAACAACAGGCAUGACACGUCGUGCUUAGACCACUAAUCUGUCGAACUCUGCUUGCCAUGCAGGCUGUGGCGUCGGACUUUUGACGGCAUUGAUCAUUUAUGACGAAUUCGUGUGAUCAUUUUUCAGAUCCAGUGUUAUCAUUUUCGUGUUCCAGCCUCAGAACAUCAGCAGUCAUGUUCGCUAGGCCAAAGUGAAGGAAUCCCGAAUGUUCGCGUGGCGCUUUCCGAGCGCCCGGAAUUUCCCAUCUAGCACUUUUUUCGCCCGGCCGCUUUCCGACCGGGCAGCGCGUUGCCCCACUUUAUCCGGUGUCGUCACAUCCGCACUGCAAGGGUGACGACGGCCCGCAUUGGCCCGCACAUCAGAGUUCCCGUGGGUUAGCAGACGACGAAACCCGAUGAAGAACGAUCGCGAUGUCCCCUAGCGUGAUCCAAGCGGCUAAAUCCGCUAGAUUCCUGGCACUGCGUGUUCGGGUGGGAACGGUCACGUGAUCCAGCGCGGGCAAUUUCCGAGCGAUUUCCGAGCGCUGGGCCGUGUUGCCAUGAAAUGAUCACCCGAAUUCGCCAUUAGUGCAUUACGCAGUGAAAUGUACGCGCGUCUUUUUUUUUCGCAGCUGGUUAUUACUAUCACCGUGAAUUUUCGUGGACAAAGUCCAGUUACGACGGCUACCAGCAAAAGGUCGACUGCUUGGGCAAGCAGUACGACA